UGUGUGCUCUGCAGGUGGAGGUGACGGAGAAGAACCCCGGAGGCUACCUGUCCGCAGCAGAGAUCCCUCUCUCUCGCCUCUACAUCGGGAUGGCCGGAGUGUUCUUCACCGCAGCCAUGGUCUGGGUGUACACGCUGAUGAAGCACAGGUACAGUGUGUUUAAGAUCCACUGGCUGAUGGCAGCGCUCGCUUUCACCAAGGCCAUCUCCCUGGUGUUCCACAGUAUUAACUAUCACUUCAUCAACACUGAGGGCCAUCCCAUUGAAGGCUGGGCCGUCAUGUAUUACAUCACUCACCUGCUGAAAGGGGCGCUCCUCUUCAUCACCCUGGCUCUGAUUGGCACCGGCUGGGCCUUCGUCAAAUACAUCCUGUCCGACAAGGAGAAGAAGAUCUUCAUGAUCGUCAUCCCUCUACAG